AUGGCCCCGUUACGUCUUCGCGUGGAGGGCCAGUCCUUCCGAGACCCUCACAACAGAGAAAUUACGCUCCGAGGAAUUAAUGCUGCGGCUGAUGCGAAAUAUCCCAAGAAACCCGAUACCCCUUCAUACAUUGCGGAGAAGUUCUUCGAUGGGGAUAAUGUCUCAUUUGUCGGACGACCCUUCCCGUUGGAAGAUGCCCAUAUCCACUUCAAGCGACUGAGGAAAUGGGGUUACAAUACAAUCAGGUACAUCUUCACCUGGGAAGCCAUUGAGCAUUCUGGGCCCGGAAUCUAUGACGAAGAGUGGAUUGAUUUCACGAUCGAGGUGCUCCGGAUAGCCAAACAAUAUGAAUUCUAUAUCUUUAUGGAUCCGCAUCAGGAUGUGUGGUCUCGGUUUUCGGGGGGUUCUGGAGCACCGAUGUGGACGCUCUAUGCAGCAGGUCUGAACCCGAAGACUUUCAAGACAACAGAAGCUGCUUUGGUGCAAAACACAUACGAUGUUCCAGCGAAAUUCCCAAAAAUGAUCUGGAGCACAAACUAUACUAGAAUGGUUUGCCAAACCAUGUUUACGUUGUUCUGGGCUGGACGGGACUUUGCUCCUAAGGCUGUGAUCGAUGGGGUCAACAUUCAGGAUUAUCUUCAACGUCACUUCAUUGACGCCUGUGCCCACUUAGCACAGAAGAUUCAUGACGCAGGAGACCUCGAGGGCGAGGUGAUCAUCGGUUGGGAAAGUAUGAAUGAACCCCAUCGUGGUAUUAUUGGGGUACAAGACAUAUCAGUGGUUCCACCAGAUCAACAGCUUCAACUUGGAACGUCUCCGACUGCAUUCCAGGCUAUUCUCACCGGUUCAGGCCGGGCAUGCGAGCAGACAACAUGGGCUUUUGGCAACUUUGGCCCUCACAAAACUGGCACCGAACUGGUGGAUCCUGCAGGUGACAGUGCUUGGCUUCCAGCUGACUAUGAUGACACCAAAUAUGGCUGGAAACGAGAUUCUGGAUGGAAACUUGGGGAGUGCAUUUGGGCACAGCAUGGGGUAUGGGACCCAUCUACCGAUACGCUCCUGCAAAAGGAUUACUUCUCGAAGGUUCCUCAAACCGGUGAGGCAUUGAACUACGAGAAGUUCACCAACUCUUACUUCCUGGACCAUUAUCGAGCAUACAAGGACGCUAUCCGGGGCAUCUGGUCAGACGCGAUUAUGUUUUGCCAACCACCUGUUAUGGAGAUUCCACCAGAUGUCAAAGGCACUUCUGACGAUGACCCCAACAUGGUCCAUGCAGUGCAUUACUAUGACGGAUUGACUCUUUUGACAAAGCACUGGAACCGUCUAUACAAUGUGGAUGUCAUUGGUGUACUCCGGGGCAAGUAUCUCACUCCGGCGUUUGCACUCAAGAUUGGCGAGUCCGCCAUCCGGAACUGUCUGCGUGACCAACUCAAGUUCCUCCGCGAGGAAAGUCGGAAUUACAUGGGUUCGCAUCCAGUUGUCUUCACGGAGAUUGGAAUCCCCUAUGACAUGGACGAUAAGUAUGCAUACAAAACGGGUGACUACAGUAGCCAAACCAGCGCCAUGGAUGCCAAUCACUUCGCAUUGGAAGGCAGUACGUCUAAUGGUUAUACUCUUUGGGUAUAUGUCACACAGAAUGACCACGAAUGGGGCGACCAGUGGAACGGGGAAGAUCUAUCGAUCUAUUCCCACGACGAUCUAGAACUACCGAGCAGUAACACUCGAUCCACCAAUCCCCAUUCACCAGCCUACUCCGAAAGCCAGAGUAGUGGAGACGAGCCAGAUGUUGGACCCAGCAAUCUCAAGGGUGCUAUAGCAACUCCAUCAAUCUCCAGUGAACGGUCUCAGCCCCCAUCCAUACGCCAGGGACAAGGCUAUCGCGCUGCGGAAGCAUACCUCCGCCCCAACCCGACCUAUGUCAGCGGCAAAUUGGACAACCAUGUCUUUGAUCUGAAGAGUUGCACCUUCACAUUGUCUUUGACGGCUAAAGGGCCGACUUCAACCAACGCUCCGACAGAGAUCUAUCUUCCGGACUUCCACUUCCCCAAGACCAACAUCGCUGUAACCGUCAGUGGGGGUAAAUGGGACAUCCACGAUCAAGAUAUCCAGGGAGUCAAGCUGCAGCAUCUGCGAUGGUGGCAUGCAGAGGGCCAGCAGGAGAUCAAGAUCGAGGGACUGAAGCGGAAACCCGGUGAAGUUGGUUCAGCAGCUGAGGACGUUUCUUAUAUGGAGCAAUGUCAGAAGGGCGAAUGUGCAGUGAUGUGA